GAGUAUAUUUAAAGAUCUAUCCACAUGAGGGCGCCAUUAGUUGACACUACGAGAAUAUACUUGUUCGCGAUUUUUGGCGGCUCACGCCCAGUGUUAGAUUCAACCCUCGAACCGAACGGUCAUCCGAAACUAGCGAACGAGUAUACGCGGUAGGAUUUUGGUUGUAACCGUCUGACUUGAAAAAAAUAAAAUUCGAAAUUAAAAAGAAAAUAUAAAUUAUUAACGAAAAAAUGGAUGCAAGAUUCAGAAGUAACCUCGCCAUGAUUGGGCGCAAUGAGCCAAUCACCAAGAAGGCUAAAUUUUGGCAGAGUUAUGUUCGUGCCCUCAAGGGUACCGAUGACAUGAGGGCACCUGAACACACCCACAGACCAAGAGGUUUAUUCAGUGAUUUUCCUGAAUUACGUUCAUCAACAUCAUGGCCAUAUGGAAAAUCAAUUUAUGAAAAUCCACUACAUGCAUCUGAUCGCAUCAAUGUACCUGGAUACAGAUACUUGCCAGUCCAUCGGGAAAUCUAUGGCUCUUCACCAAGACAACUGUAUCCUCAUCAAUACAAGCCAGUUGAGCGCUUCACCUCCGCGAAACCUUUUGAUGCGGAUAAGGCAUGGAAUGAUCACUUGGACCGAUUGGCUGACAUCGACAGAUCGUAUCCAUCUCAAUCAUCCCUAUUAUCUCGUCACAAGAGUCCCGCCCUGACAACAAAACCGCUGUUUGAUAUACACGGAAAGGUGUUGGAUAGCCCAUUGUCAUCAUUUCCAUCACUUCUUGGAAGGAAGAAUUUCUUUGAUUUAUUGGAGCCAAGUCCAACAGCACCAAUCAGCUCAUUCAACAGGGAUCCAUGGUGGUAUCCAUCAUAUGCACCAUACAUACCAAGUUAUGCCCAAUUGAGCAGUCCUUUCUAUCUCAGGGACAGCUAUCUCAGCCCAGUUAAACGCAAUUAUUUAUGGAGCAGACAUCCACUCAGACCCUUUGCACACGCACACUAGGCGUGCAAGGAAAAUUUAAAAAAUUAAUACAAAAAAUUUGAGAAGAACUGGAUUCAAAAUAAAAUUUAAAUUAAAAUUAAAACGAACGUCAAGAUGAUCUAGACUGGUCUUUUCCAACAAGCCUCAUUCUAAAAAUAAAUAAUUAUUAAAAAAAAAAGAAGAAAAGAAUGAAUUUUUCAAUAAAUUAAUUAUAAACUGGUCUUUUUUUUUUUUGUUUAAAUAAAUAAAUAAAUUAUAAAUUAAAAAAAAAUUACGUUUCUACUUAAUAUGUGAUUUGUAAAAAAUGUCAUUUAAAUAAAUAUCAUUACGACAUAAUUAUUAAUUUAAAUGUUAAUUAAAAAAAAAUAUAAUAAUAUUUAAAUUAAUUUUAACACACAAUUUUACAAUAAUAGGGAUAUUUAUUAUCUGAAAGUUACAACUCAAAAAUUUAUAAUUAUAUUUUUGUUGUUUCUCUCAUCGUCGAGCAAUCAUUAUAGAUUUUUUUUUAAUUUAAUAUUUAUAUUUUUACUUACUACUUUUGAACAUUCAGAAAAAAAAAAAAAAACAUUUCUUUUCUUUUUCUAAUAACGUAAAUAAUAAAAUAAAUAAUAGCAAUAACUGCAUGUUGAGCACAACUGUUUGAAAUUAUUUAAAAAAAUAACAUUUCAAAUUUAAAAUAUAAUAAUAAUGACAGUUAUUAUUAAGCUAUUAUUUUAAAUACUAAUUUUCAAUUAUUUGCUCAAUUUAUUAUUCACGUGUAGUGCUACUAAUGUUUAUUUUAUUUAUUUUUUAUCGGCGUUUUUUUAUUUAAUAUUAUUUUGAAGAAAAAAAUAUUUAUUUCAUCUAACAUGAACGUCAAUUUGAUUUUACAACACAACCCAGUUUUCACAAUUUAUCAUUAAGACAAGAAAAUACCUUUUUAAUUUAAAAAAAAAAAAAGAUUUUUUCUUUUCUUUUGCUAAAUAUUUUGUUACAACAAUUUUUAAAACGCGUUAAUUAUUAUUAUAAUUUUUUCAAAUACAUAAAUAUCCGAUCAACUUAUAAUUAUCUAUACAGAGGCAGUAUCGCCUUAAAAAAUACUAUAUUAUAUUGAAUUUAUUUUCUUUUUGUUUAUAUUUUUUUAGUACACUCAUUUGUCCAUAUAUAAUAUCUUCAUUCAUUCGGUUAAAUUCGCAUAUGCACGUCGGUGUUUCGAUAAAAAAAUUAAGUAAACAAAAAAAGAAAAUGCAAUUUUGCUGAAAAUAGCACAAAAUUAAAUAACUGGGUAUGACCCAAACUUGAAUGAACAAUAUCAUCAUCACCAGGACGUAAUAAAAAAUAAUCAUAAAUAAACAAAAAAAAAAAAGAAAAAAAA